CACCGCCUCGGCUGGGAGGAUAGAGCGACUCCGAUUAGGGGCUGCCGCUGCCAACGAUGCAAUGCCUCGUUUUUACAAAUGAACUCUGAGCACAGGCGCCGUGUGAGUGCCGCUGUCACCACGACCAUCGUUUACUUCAAUAAAAGCAACAGGCUUCAGUAGAGAUCACCCAAAAGGACCCAAGGUAAUCGGAAAAGGAGCGGACUCGAGGCUUUAUGUUUACCGAGGAGAAGCUGGAGAGGAAGCCGGAGCCAUGGGUUUCUCCCUCAGCCUUCGAUGAUUUAAGUUAAGCUGGACCCACGCAACUCAGCCAACCGGCCCCUGCCCACAGGGGGGUCUCUCCUGUCCCCGUCGCCUUCUCCAGCAAUGGCGGGCUUCAAGCGGGGCUAUGAUGGCAAGAUCGCUGGCCUCUACGAUCUGGACAAGACGCUGGGACGCGGCCACUUUGCCGUCGUCAAGCUGGCGCGCCACGUCUUCACUGGGGAGAAAGUGGCAGUGAAGGUGAUCGACAAGACCAAGCUGGACACUGUGGCCACUGGCCACCUUUUCCAGGAAGUCCGCUGUAUGAAGCUGGUCCAGCACCCCAAUAUUGUGCGCCUGUAUGAAGUUAUUGAUACUCAGACGAAGCUCUACCUCAUCUUGGAGCUUGGCGAUGGAGGGGACAUGUUUGACUACAUCAUGAAACACGAGGAGGGCCUGAACGAAGAGCUGGCUAAGAAAUAUUUUGCCCAGAUUGUCCACGCUAUUUCCUACUGCCAUCGACUGCAUGUUGUGCACCGGGACCUUAAGCCUGAGAAUGUGGUUUUCUUUGAGAAACAAGGACUCGUCAAGCUCACCGACUUCGGAUUCAGUAACAAGUUUCAGCCAGGGAAAAAGCUGACAACCAGUUGUGGAUCUCUGGCGUACUCGGCACCGGAAAUACUGCUGGGUGAUGAGUAUGAUGCUCCAGCUGUAGAUAUCUGGAGUCUCGGUGUGAUCUUGUUCAUGUUGGUAUGCGGCCAGCCCCCCUUCCAGGAGGCUAAUGACAGUGAGACCCUCACCAUGAUCAUGGACUGUAAAUACACCGUACCGGCCCACGUCUCCGGCGCCUGCAAAGAUCUGAUAGAUCGAAUGCUUCAGAGGGAUCCAAAGCGACGGGCCUCCCUCGAGGAGAUCGAGACCCACGCCUGGCUUCAAGGGGUCGACCCGUCCCCAGCCACCAAGUACAACACUCCCCUGGUCUCCCACAAGAAUCUGUCAGAUGAGGAGCACAACAGCAUCAUCCAGCGCAUGGUGCUCGGAGACAUCGCCGACCGAGAGUCCAUAGUCGAAGCCCUGGAGACAAACAAAUACAACCACAUCACAGCCACUUACUAUCUGCUGGCUGAGAGGAUCCUCAGGGAGAAGCAGGAGAAGGAGGUCCAGACCCGCUCGUCCAGCCCCAGCAACAUUAAGGCACAAUUCAGGCAGUCGUGGCCGACCAGAAUGGACAUGCACCAGGACAUAGAAGACAGUUUGGCGGCCUCGUCUAUCUCCCACGCCGGAGGCCCGCAGUCUCCCGCCCGCAGCGCAGAGAACCUGCUCAAUGGACAUCGCUCCAAAGGCCUGAUGGAGCUGGGCCGACGAGAGGAAACGGUGACCGACUCCCCAGGGCCGCCUGCACAGGGAGCCUGUGCUGCAGCCUCGGGUUCUGCGACCGGUUCUGGGUCCAUCAGGGCCGCACCACCACCCACCUCAGCAGCAGCCAAGCAGCGAACCUGCCUUUUCAGGGUGGAGGAGGAUGAGGAGGAGGAGGACGAGCAGGACCCGUCCCCCCUCUCCAGCCAGGUGAUCCUGCGCCGCAAGCCUCCAUCCAUCACCAACCGCCUCACCUCCAGGAAGAGCGCCCCCGUGCUCAACCAGAUCUUCGAGGAGGAGGGCGAGUCGGACGACGACUUUGACAUGGACGAGGGUCUGCCGCCCAAACUCUCCCGUCUCAAGAUGAACAUGGCCGGGAACGCCGGCAACCUCAGCUCCGCGGCCGGCUCCUCCUCGUCCCCGGGGUCCACGCAGAAGCGCUAUCACCGCCGCAAGAGCCAGGGGAGGGGGUCGUCCUGCUCCAGUUCGGAGACGAGCGACGACGACUCGGAGAGCCACCGGAGGCGCCUGGAUAAAGACUCUGGCUUCGGGUACGGCUGGAACCGAAGGGACAGCAGCGAGGGGCCGCCAGGUAGCUCGGGGGGCAACGGAGGAGGCAGCAGCUCAGGCCAGGGUAAACCUCCGGGAGAGGGUGGGGGGACUUCUGGUCCAGACAGGAGUCCUCCUGGAGGGGGGGAGAAUGGAGGAGGGGGAGGUGGAGGUGGAGGGGGGAGUGGUGGAGGAGGAGGAGGAGGAGGGGGGAAAGGACAAGACAGCCCCUCCAGUUGUUGUAACAACAGUAGCACGACUAACCCCUCCCUCAAUUCGACGUCCCGCUCGUCCCGCACCUCCAGCCGCAGCACCGAGUUGGUGGAGAGCCUGAAACUCAUGAGUCUGUGCCUCAGCUCCCAGCUGCAGCACCACCGCGGGGGGCGGGGCGGUCGAGGGGGAGGGGGAGGAGGAGGAGGAGGAGGGGGGGGUAAGUUCAUCAUUGACCCUAACAAUCUCUCAGGAGGGAGCGUUAAAAUCCAUGAGAAAUCAGCUUGGAGAAUGUGCAUCGGCUCCACGGGCAGCCUGGACACCAUCACCCUACCCACCACCACCCUCCCUAGAACCCACUCGGCCCCGCACCAUCACCGCAAAACGGCGGGGCACGGCCCCCCCGGCCCGCCGGGCGGCAGGGACACUCACAGCAACCUGAGUGCUUUGAAAAACAGCGUGCUUCAACUACCUCUGUGUGAGAAGACCAUCUCUGUCAACAUCCAGCGGGGCGGGGGCCCCAGGGACGGCCUGCUCUGUACCUCAGCUCCUGCCAACUGCUGCCAGGUCAUCUGAUUCCUCCCCCAACCAGCUGAACACAAACCUCCUCCCUCCAUGUUCUCCUCUCAGACCCUCCUCAUGUUCAGAUCAUCAGUCUGAACACUCUGCUCCUCUCUCCUUCUUCUUCUUCUUCUUGUGUUUAUUUGCAGCAGGGGUGUGACCUCGUGUCACGUCUCUAUCAGCACAUCUGCCUCCAGCUGUUCCCUUCGCUCUCAGCUCUGCACGGCUCCACUUCACCUCACUGUCACUUUGUCCGAUGUGUUCUGUGCUUCUCUUACUUUUCACAACAAGCACUACUUCAUCCUUUUUUUUUUUUUUUUUUAAAGUAGUGAAACUAAUACAUAUAAUUUGACUAUAAUGAAACGCUCUGCUGGUUUGAAGGGAGAUAGAUAACAGCAGUAAACUUUGAUGAGAAAAAACGAUCCAAAUAUUACUCAAAAAAUGUGAAACUUGAUCCAAAUGCAACUGGAUCAACCAUAUCUUCUACCAGUCCAGUUGCCUUUGGAUCAAGCUUCCAAUUUACCACGACCUGAAUGACUGAGAACCUACACAGACAUAUAACAAGAAAAAUAUGAUCGAAUAUUAACUUUUAUAAACAUUAAUUUUAGAAGAAAUUGGUAAAUUUUCAAAGUAAAAAAAAAAAAAAAAUGGUAUAAUUAAAAAAAUAAAGGUUGGGUCAUAUUUUUUUUGCAAAGUUGUAGUUUUAAUUUAAACACAAGAUUACAAAUUCUUGUUAUUAAUUUUAAAUGUAUUUCUGGUUGAGUACGAUUCAAGUCAGAAUUUUUAAUAAAGCUCCAAAUUUUAAAAACAUUACAACAAAGUGAUCUUGAGCUCAUCAAAAGACGUCAGUGUCUGCGCAGGUGUUUCAGAGUAAAAUCAGUUGUAUUGCUGCAUGUCUGCUUAGGGCUUCUGUAGUUUUCUGAGAUAGGAGGAUAUCAAAAUUCAUUAUCAGAAACUGUCACACAGACAACAACACUCAGGCUGUUUUCACCAGGUAGUCCACUCAGACUCCAUCACUGACACUUCUUCUGAAUGAGUUGAUCACGUCUUUAAAGAUUCAUUUAGAACUUAUCAGUCAUAAAAACACAGCCCGAUGAGAAGAUGAGAAGACGUCAUAUUGGUACACGUUUCACAUGAAAAUGCUUUUUUUUAAAUUUAAAUCUCUCCAUUGACAGCCACAAUGUUAUCUAUGUGUUUCUCCUUUCAAAUCAACACAGGCAUCAGUCACAUUCAAAUAAAUCCAGUAUUGAUUUGAAUGGCUUCACACUGCGCACACACAGGAGCUGUGGACUGUCAUCCAUAAAGAUUCCAUCGUUUUUAAAGUGAUUGCUUUUUCCACUUUUAUGACUCCGUCUUUGAAUAUUAAAAUUUGAAUCUAUGUUUUCUUAUUUCCUUGGAAGAAUGACGACUUCAAGCUCCUGUGAGGAGUUUUUGGCUUUCAAUGUUGAUGACUCUUUCUGAUCUGAAAGAGCAAACGAGUCCAUGAAGACCGAUUAUUUCUGUAGGAGUCAUUUUAAAUACCCAAAAGGUUUUUGAGAGUUCCCACGGCAAUGAUAAGCUGUUAAAGAAAGCAGAAUUUGGUCAAACAGCACAAGAUCAGCAAAUGCUACUCUGUCCUCUAGGGGGCACCAAAACCCACAAACCAAAAGUUCCUAACAGGAGCUUUAACUCUUUUUUCUUUCAAACUACUCAAACAUGUUUUUAUAUCUUAAUGUUUUUCCUAAUGGUUUUUAAUCUAUUUGUAUUCUGGAUAAGAACAUUUCCUAUGUUUUUUUUUUUUUUUUGUCCUUACACUGUGUUGUGCUCGGCAGUAGCUGGUUGUCGAGCAGAGAGGUUGAAGGUGGAGCGCUCUUAAAGAACGAUGAGGAGGAACAGUUGGAGUGCUGUGCUGAAGCAGGCAGCUGACAGGAGGAGGAGGAGGAGGAGGAAAGAGAAGCAUCUCCAUGUUGAUACAGACAACUCCCACUCCCCGCCAUCCUCCACCUCUUACCUCUGAAUAACUCAUCCGUCAGAUGGAUUAGAACCUGGAUCACAUGUAUGUGAAUCCAUGCAGACAAGCUUUUACGUUAGACUCCAGUCUGAACUCCAUGUUGCACUCAGACAAUCUGUUUUAUGUUUUUGUGUUUGUAAAAAAAAAAAUUCUACUGGUAUGGAUUCAACAUUCAAAGUAACUGGCACACCUGUUAUCAGUCAAAACCCUUUAAAUUUGGAAAGUGUCUCCGUAAUGAGGUAACCCAGUGUUGGCAUUUUAAGCUGGACAGAAGCUAAAGUUUUAUCAGCGUGUGUGUGCACUCCUUAGUGGCAGCAAAAUCAUAUUUCUACUGUAGCGACUUAAUGCUAAUCACCAACAGGUCUGAAGAUGUUCCUGCUGACCAUGUAUUUAAAAUGUUAUUUUUUUAUUCAUAUUUCAAUAUGUUGCUGAUAAGACAACAUUAGUUGCGUCGCACCACCGAUAUCCGAGUGGUUCGUUUUCCGAUUUGACCUCCGUUGGCUUCGUGGCGGUCCCACCUGCACCCACAUGUCACCCAAAGCUCACUGCACAUGCGGGUGCAGCGUGUCGACUCGGCGUGUAUCAAGUGUGUAUAUACAGUACAUGUAAAAGUAAAGUUUAUUUUUUAAAACUUGUACAUUUUGUUGGAGUGAUCUGCUGUUUGGAGACGUCGGUGAAAAGUUUGGUUGAACUCACAAUGAAGCUCCAGACUUUGAGCUUUUUAAAGGGGCCGGCCGAGAGAGAAACAACUGAUCGAUAGGAAAAGGGGGGGUCGAGAGGAAAUUCUUCAAGGGCAUUGGCAAUAAGCUAAACGUGUGUUGCAGCUAUCUGUACAGAAACUUUUUUUUUUUUUUUUUUUUUAAUUCCUUUUAACGGCCAUAUUGGACUGUAAAGAAAAAAAAAAGGAAAGCCAUGUUUUAAAUAUUCUGUUGGUCUUUGUUGUCUGACUUUUCUUUUGAAAGACGUGUAAAUACAGAUGUAAAUAUGGUGCUCUUUCUCUAGAACAGCCGAGUGAACCCUUUGGUGCAUAGCUGUACAGUAAUAGCCUUAUUAUAAUAAUAGUAAUACUGUAUGGGUGUCUCAGCUAAAAAUCAAGCCGUGUGAGAAAAAAAAGCCGACACGGUUCUAUUCAUACUGUCGGGUCUCUUUUACUGUCGUCUUACUCAGCUGUAUCCAGGUGAAUGACGUGCAUGUGUUUCAAUGUUUGACAUUCAGUGACACACAGGAGAGAGAGAGGCAGCCACCGAAAUGUUACUGGACCAAAAAAAAAAAAAUGAACAGAUUAAAAAAAAAAAAAAAAGAGAUGAAACUGAGAAAUAUUCAGUGUAUUAUUCUGUAGUUGAUACCUGUUGUCAGAAGUUACAUAUAGCUAUGGUAAUAUCCAAAAAUAAAAUGUGGAAUACUG